AGGAGGCAGACAAACUUGAAUUUGUAUAUAUGUAGAUGCUGAGCCGGUAAAGUUUUGAAGGCAAAACAGUAUGGCAGAAGAAUUGAAGCUUUUCAAGAAAGGUCAAAGUCCAUAUGGCUUAAGAAUUGUUUGGGCGUUGAAGCUCAAGGGAAUCCAAUUUGAUCCAGUGGAUGAAGAUCUAUCCAACAAGAGCUCUUUGCCUCUUCAGUACAAUCCUGUCCACAACAAAAUUCCAGUGCUCGUUAUGCCAUCAAUGUGGAAUGCUUUCAAGUUAGAAGGACAAGAGCAAGAAGAAGCUAUUGGUUCAGCCAUGGAAAACCUGCAAGUCUUAGAGGAGGAGCUGAGAGGUAAGAAAUUCUUCGGCGGAGAGAAGAUUAAUUGGAUUCGCCGAUCUUGCAUGCAUAUGGCUGGCUUGCUAACUUGAUAAGCGUUUUUGAAGAGAAUACAGGCAUCAAGAUGAUUGAUGAGGAGAAGUUUCCAUCAUUAAAGAAAGCUGGCCUUCUCAUAAUAAACUAGUUGCCAAGUU